AUGGCUGCCGAAUCCAUUGCCAUGCUACCUUACACCAUCUCCUCCUCCAUCACCUCAGACCACAGGCUCCUGACACGUGUCCUCUCCGUCUCUACCUCCUCCUCCUCCUCGCCGUCGCAAUCUCUGUCGCUCCGAAAGUGCUGGCCGCCGCUUAAAGCGCUUGUCACAGCGGAUGCUCCGACGGCCAAUACGACGCCGCUUAGCGUCGACGAUCGAGUCGGAGUGUUGUUGCUCAACCUCGGCGGACCUGAGACUCUCGACGACGUCCAGCCUUUUCUGUUCAACCUCUUCGCAGAUCCGGAUAUCAUUAGACUGCCGAGGCCGUUCCGGUUUCUUCAGAAGCCAUUGGCGCAGUUUAUAUCGGUUCUGAGGGCACCAAAGAGCAAAGAAGGCUAUGCCUCAAUUGGCGGGGGCUCGCCUCUUCGAACAAUUACUGAUGCUCAGGCGGAAGAGUUGAGGAAGUCUCUUUGGGAGAAGGAUGUUCCGGCCAAAGUGUACGUCGGUAUGCGUUAUUGGCAUCCAUUUACUGAAGAAGCUAUAGAACAGAUAAAACGAGAUGGAAUUACGAAGCUUGUUGUCCUUCCCCUUUAUCCACAAUUUUCAAUAUCGACUAGCGGUUCAAGCCUUCGGCUGUUGGAGAGUAUAUUCCGGGAGGACGAGUAUCUAAUCAACAUGCAGCACACAGUAAUACCAUCCUGGUAUCAGCGUGAGGGAUACAUAACUGCAAUGGCAAAUUUGAUUGAAACAGAACUUAAACGUUUUGAUUUCCCUGACAAGGUAAUGAUAUUCUUCAGUGCCCAUGGAGUCCCACUUGCAUAUGUGGAAGAGGCUGGUGAUCCUUACAAGGCAGAAAUGGAAGAAUGCAUUGAUUUGAUAAUGGAAGAAUUAGAAAAGAGAAAUUUAAAGAAUGCAUAUACCCUUGCCUAUCAGAGCAGAGUCGGACCGGUCGAAUGGUUAAGACCUUAUACAGAUGAGACAUUGAUUGAGCUUGGGCAAAAGGGAAUUAAAAGGCUGUUGGCUGUUCCUAUAAGCUUUGUCAGUGAGCAUAUUGAAACUCUUGAAGAAAUUGAUGUGGAAUACAAAGAAUUGGCUCUAAAAUCUGGUAUAGAGAUGUGGGGGCGUGUUCCUGCACUUGGAUGUGAGCCCACCUUCAUUUCAGAUCUAGCAGAUGCUGUGAUUGAGAGUUUGCCAUAUGUUGGAGCUAUGGCAGUCUCAAAUCUUGAAGCUCGACAGUCUUUAGUUCCACUGGGGAGUGUAGAAGAGUUGUUAGCAGCAUAUGAUUCACAGCGGAGGGAGCUACCACCUCCUGUGACAGUUUGGGAAUGGGGUUGGACCAAAAGUGCCGAGACUUGGAAUGGAAGAGCAGCUAUGUUGGCAGUGGUUGUUUUACUGGUCCUUGAAGUCACUACUGGGGAGGGGUUUCUCCACCAAUGGGGCAUAUUACCCUUACAUCCCUAAAUACAUUUUAUCUCCAAGCCUUUUCUUCUUUUGCCUUUUGUUAAAAAUGUAUCUAUUAUUCAUAAUAUUAAGCCUUUUUCUUAACCCCAUACAAUCAUACAUACGCUAUAUGUUGCAUACUGAUGAUGAAGCUUACACAAGACCAAAUUUGGGUAGUCUUAGGUGCAGCACCAUGUGGGGAUGAAAAGUUGUAUGAUACAUAACUGGUCCUGUAAUCUAUAUCCUCUCAACCUCACAGGAUGUUGCAUAGAAUUUUCAUGUGGUAAAGUUGUGUACUCCAAUUUGAUAUUGGAAAUUGUUGGUCUUGCUAUUAAACAUAGCAAGAAGAAAUGUUAAUGGAGUUUUCCACUCUUUUCAUCA